UGGAACUUCUGAGAGUCGCUAAUUAUGUGCCGCUAGGGAUUCUGGGGUGCUCUGGGUUUCAAGAUGUCUGACAUGGAAGAUGAUUUCAUGUGCGAUGAUGAGGAAGAUUAUGACCUGGAAUACUCAGAAGACAGUAAUUCCGAGCCCAAUGUUGACCUGGAGAACCAGUACUACAAUUCCAAAGCACUGAAGGAGGAUGACCCCAAAGUGGCUCUCAGCAGCUUUCAGAAGGUCUUGGAGCUUGAAGGAGAAAAGGGAGAAUGGGGCUUCAAAGCACUGAAACAGAUGAUAAAAAUCAACUUUAAGCUGACCAACUUCCCUGAAAUGAUGAACAGGUACAAGCAACUGCUGACGUAUAUCCGGAGCGCUGUUACCAGGAAUUACUCGGAAAAAUCCAUCAACUCCAUCCUGGACUACAUCUCCACCUCCAAGCAGAUGGACUUGCUGCAGGAAUUUUAUGAAACCACCCUGGAUGCCUUGAAGGAUGCCAAGAAUGACAGGCUCUGGUUCAAGACAAACACGAAGCUAGGAAAGCUGUAUUUGGAACGGGAGGAGUUCGGAAAGCUCCAGAAAAUUCUCAGGCAGCUCCACCAGUCCUGUCAGACUGAUGACGGAGAGGAUGACCUGAAGAAGGGCACCCAGCUGCUGGAGAUCUACGCGCUGGAGAUCCAGAUGUACACCGCGCAGAAGAACAACAAGAAGCUCAAGGCCCUGUACGAGCAGUCCUUACACAUCAAAUCCGCCAUCCCCCACCCGCUCAUCAUGGGCGUGAUCCGAGAAUGUGGGGGUAAAAUGCACUUAAGGGAAGGAGAGUUUGAGAAGGCGCACACAGACUUCUUCGAAGCUUUCAAAAACUACGAUGAGUCGGGGAGCCCCAGAAGGACCACGUGUCUGAAGUACUUAGUCUUGGCCAACAUGCUGAUGAAAUCGGGAAUAAACCCUUUCGACUCUCAGGAGGCCAAGCCAUAUAAAAAUGACCCAGAGAUUCUUGCAAUGACAAACUUAGUAAGUUCCUACCAGAAUAAUGACAUCACUGAGUUUGAGAAAAUCCUGAGAAUAAACCACAGCAACAUCAUGGCGGACCCCUUCAUACGGGAGCACAUUGAGGAGCUGCUACGGAAUAUCAGAACACAAGUGCUUAUCAAAUUAAUUAAACCUUACACUAGAAUUCACAUACCUUUUAUUUCUAAGGAAUUGAACAUUGACGUUGCAGAUGUAGAAAGUUUGCUUGUACAGUGCAUUUUGGAUAACACGAUCCAUGGCCGAAUCGACCAGGUCAACCAGCUGCUGGAGCUAGACCAUCAGAAGAGGGGCGGAGCCCGUUACAAUGCUUUAGACAAAUGGACCAAUCAGCUCAAUUCCCUCAACCAAGCCAUCGUAAGCAAGCUGGCUUGACUGGCACGUGAUGAUACUUUAGGCCACUACCCAGUGACAUUAACCUUGAACAGACUGCUAAUGGGCAAAAAAAAAAAAACUGCCUUUGGUUGAUGUGGUCUGGCCAGCUGGAACUUGACUGGUGUGCUGACUGUGUUUGGCUGGUGUUUGUUUUGCUGCUGGAGUUUUGGGUCCAGAAGAGAAAUGACCAAAAUUCCACCGGAUCUGCUGCAUUCUUGACCCGUGCCAGUGUGGUCUGUACAGUGCGGGACCAUGGAAGGCCAAGGAAGGAAAUAUCCUCAUGAUUUUACACACAUCCACUGUUUCAUUCAAUGUUUUUUAAAGAAGUCCACAUUUCUUUUAUCUGUAGAAUGUAAAAAGAAAAAAACUCCCACCUGCAUUAGCCUGGAAUGUAAACUGCUUUGAAACACCUUUUCCCCUGUGUAAAUGGCUACGUUGCUGUGUUCUGCCAAUUUAAAGUUUCUGAACCAGGGUUUUACUGUAAUGCAAAAGAUCUGCCCUCAUUUGUGGAACAUUGGCCCCUAGAUAUCAGACAACUAAUAAAAAGUUGAUAAAUUGC